AUUUUCCCUUUAUUUCUCGCUCCUUCAUUUCAAAGUUGGUACUUCUGAAGGGACCCACAAUCCUUUGCGCCACCAUUCGCUUCCUCUACUGUGGUGGCCGGGUUGCAGCUCUCCACCAUGAAGCUCAACAAGCACAAGACUGCCUCCCGGCGCAAGAACAGGGAACGUUACUUCAAUGCCCCGUCCCACAUCCGCCGCAGGUUCAUGUCGGCGCCCCUCUCCAAGGAACUGAGGCAGAAGUACAAUGUUCGUUCCAUCCCAAUCCGCAAGGAUGACGAAGUGCAGGUAGUCAGGGGGCACUACAAGGGGCAGCAGGUAGGCAAGGUUGUCAGUGUGUACCGAAAAAAGUACUGCAUCUACAUUGAGAGGAUCCAGCGCGAGAAAGCCAAUGGAGCCUCUGUCUAUGUUGGCAUCCACCCCUCCAAGUGCUGCGUGGUGAAGCUGAAGAUGGACAAGGACCGCAAGAAGAUCAUUGAGCGGAGGGCGGCAGGUCGAGCUGCUCGCCAGGGCAAGGACAAGGAAAAGUUCACAGCUAUGGAUACUUCUGCGUAAAAUAAAAAUCACUGACGUAG